GAGAACUUCGUACAAAUAGGUAACAAAUGGAUGAAGCUCUCAUCUAGGCAUCAUAAUUGUUGCUUUGUGACUUAACGAGUAUCUUGCUAGGCAUCUUCCCCGCCUUGUCUCUCCUCGUUUCUACCGCUCAUCUCCCAUUUUUAAUUUUUCCACUUGCUUGCACGCGAGUAGGUGUAGUAUUCCGUCGCAAGACUCCACAAGAUCAAGAAGAUGGCUGAAGAGGACAAUCGGACUCAAACAGAGCAAAGCUCUACGACAACGAAAUCAGCGGAGGUGGAGCAUGCGGAGGAAUCCUGCCUCAGUCUGGUGACCCGCGCACAGGCUGCUUAUGCGCGAUGGAACCUCAAGCCUGGGGGAAACCUGUUUUUCGAAGAAGACGAUGUGCCCGCGUACCGGCGCAGAAAAAUACAAGGUCUGGGACCGCUGUUUGCGCGACUGCCCGAAAAGCUUUUACUAGACCUGCUUUUUGACAAGGGAUUUUUAUCCCUGUCUGACCUGAUGCCAUUAGCCGGCGCGUCUAGCUUGUUUUUCCGUUACAUUCAUGGGAAUGAGGAUCCAUGGCGCAACUUCGGUCACGACCAGCUCAUUUGCAAUCCCAAAUGGCCAGGUGCUGACUGUUGGCGGGCGUCGUGGCGAGAGACGGUGUUAGCCGCGUCUGCUGCGCACAAAUCGCCAAGUGUGAAGGACAAAGAGCGGCCUCAAAAGACCUUGACCACGGAUUGCAUCGGCGAUGUAUCAGGAGACGCCGACGCGUCAUUUAUGGAGACUGAUUCACCAACGAACAAUGCUGGCUCUCCCGGAGAUGGUUCCGAUGCCUCCCCGAUGGCAACAUUUCGUGAGAGCAGCGGAACAGCCACAGAAGCGGCUUCAGCAGAAGGGAUGGGCGGAGCAAGCCCUUUAGACGUUAAAUUUGCGCAGGAGCCUUUGUAUUCGGAUUUGCUCUACCAGCCGCAGUUUUGUGCAAGUAUAAGUAUGCGGCCAGAGUGGCUGGCGACGGAGAACAUGAAGCGGGUGAAAUUUGGCGACCUAACUAGUGAGAGUACAAUCGUGUCUCUUUUUCAAGGGAACGAGCCGUUUAUCCUGGAAGACUGCCCGUUGUUACUUAAUACACCUGUUGGAGGUGCAGUGCGGCGAGGUGAAAAUGGGGAUGAUGUUGAAGCUCGAACUUCUAAGAAAACUGCUGCUGGAUGUGACGGAAAACGACCUGUCUAUAGUAAUGUUGCAGAGCAGCAGGAGGCAUCAACAAUACCAACAUUGAACAAAAAAGAUGCCUUUAUUUCUACUUUCGAUGCGUCUCCGUUUUUCGAAACGCACAAAGAUAAACGUUUUAUCUGUGGCGGUGUGGAGACAAACUUGGGUCAGUGGAAGGGUUAUGCAGAUCACAUAGUUACAGACGAGACGCCAUUGUUCGUGUUUGACAAGCAUCUAGACGCAAAAUGCCCAGAAUUGCAAAGAGUGGCUUCAGGACAAGCCAUGCGGGUGCGUGUGGAAAUUUCUGGAGAAGGAGAUGUCUGCUCAAAGAAUGGAAAUGACGUCAAUAAUGGGAACAAGAGUGUUCCUCUUUACACAGACCUUUUCGACCUGUUAAAUGGCGGUGUUUAUCGACCUGACAAUAGGUGGCUGUUAGUUGGGAAUCGGCGUAGCGGCUCCAAAUGGCACAAAGACCCCAAUCUCACGUCAGCAGUCAAUCUGACUCUUUCUGGACGCAAAAAGUGGUUUUUCCUCCCACCGGAAGUGGCGCCACCAGGCGUGAUGCAAAGCGAGGACGGAGCGGAGGUGUGCCAGCCCGUGAGUCUCUUCGAAUGGCUGCUGCAGUUCUACGACGAGUUUCGAAGACUACAUUAUGCAGAUGCUGGAGGACCAGUUGGAAAUAACAAGAGAAGAAAGGUUGCUUCCGCUAUCCCGAACGCAUCAAAAGGUGCUCUACACCAAACAUCCACAUCAAGUCGAGCUCGCGAAGGUGUUUGUGGCCCAGGAGAGAUGGUUUUCGUGCCGAAAGGAUGGUGGCACGCAGUUUUGAACCUCGAUGAUGCGACAGUGGCCGUGACUGAAAACUUCACUACGGAAUCGAUUGUGCAAGAUGUGCGACGUUUUCUUAGAGACAAGCCAGAUCAGGUCAGCGGGGUCCCUUGCGAGCUCCGUGGCGGAAUGGCUGAAGCCUUUGACGCUGCGCUGACUACGAAAGGUUUCGAGUCGCUAGUUGUGCCUUUACAAACUUCUGCCUCUUCUUCAGAUAAGGGAGUGUCUGAAGGGACAGAUGAUAGCAAAACUACAAGGAACGAAAAUUCGAGCUCUACUUCUUCGACAGGUCCUGCUGCUGUAGAGAAAGAUGCAAAUACUGUAACUACUGGUGAUAGCAGUAAUACAGGAUUUUGGGGUGGAUUGCGAAAGCCCAUCUCUUUCAAGAGAAAAAAGAAGCAAGCGUAGGUUUCAUGCUUCUAACUACCCACUUGACUCCCGCUUAUGGUCAAUAUAUAGAUCCGCUAUGGUCCCCACGAACAGCACACCUGGUCAUAUCACUUCAACAAAGCCAUCUGGUAACGCAGCAAUGAUACUCAUACAUAUUAUGCCGUGUCCCAUGAAGUGUUGAUGUGAUCGAAGUGCUCGCACAAAUUCGAAUGCUA